AUGAAUGGGCGUUACGCCGGAGGUGAAAAGGGUUCCCUCGUUAACCUCAUCAUGAGAAUGGCAAACGUGAAUUUCCUCCAUAAAUACGCUUUCGAUAAUAGCAAAACAAGAGAAAGUGUUGUUAUCGAAAUUCAAAGUUCUCGAAAUGUCUCUAGAACCGAAGUUGUUGUGAGGGCUCAUUUUCAAGUUUCAGUCAGUCUGCGUACUUUCGCGGUCCGAAAAGGCCAAAAAACAGUUGAUCCCGAGCCACAAGAUCUUCGAAAAUCGAGGAACAUCAAAGAAAGAAAAGGUCCUGAAAAGGUGGUUCGUGGAUCACAGAUAUCCUGA